AAAGUAGGGCAGAUUAUGUCGUCUCAUGGUGGAUCACGGGUUGUCAGACGGCGUCGUGACGUAACACCCGUGACGUCUCCGGGGCAUCCCCGUCGGGCUGACGGUCAGACUUUAGCUCAGGCAGCAGGGAGCACAACACUUCUGGUAACCAUGGCCUUGAAUCGAAAUCAUUCACAAAACGGCGGCGUUUUGGUAACCAGCGGGGAAAGUGUUUUAAGAGAAUGCAAGAAUGUGGAGCUGUCGUUCAGUGAUGUCUCCUCCAAGACAGACCUGCUGAAGGGGACCAAGAAGGGCACUGUUUACCUCACACCAUACAGGUUGCUGUUUGUGUCCAGUAAUACCAAGGAUUGCCUGGGUUCAGCCAUGUUCCCCUACUAUCUGAUGAAGGGAUGCAGCAUUGAGCAGCCAGUCUUUGCAGCCAACUACAUUAAAGGGACAGUGUCAGCUGAGCCUGGUGGUGGCUGGGAGGGCCAGGCCCAUUUCAAGAUGUCAUUCCCCAGUGGAGGAGCCAUAGAGCUGGGACAGCAUCUCUUCAAACUGGCCACAAAUGCUUCUCGUGCCGCUCCUGCCCAGAAUGGUUCUGCCUCUUAUGGCUACCCUUCACCUGGAAUGAUGAAUGGCUACGGCCCACCUCCACCUGCCCCUCAUGGCUAUCCCUAUGCACCCCCUCCCCAGCAGAAUGGCUUCUACCAGGCCCCUCCUCCUGCUGCUGGCAACAUGGGCUACCCUUAUCCAACAGCUGCUGCAGGUAUGUACCCAUCUGGCUUUGACUACAUGGCUCCACCUCCUCCAUACCCUGGGCCACCCCAGAAUUGGACUGCACCCCCCCAGAACUGGACAGCAGCACCACCACCUCCAGGUAACUCCAAGGCGGCUGAAGCAGCAGGCAGUGCGUAUUACAAUCCCAGCAAUCCACACAAUGUCUACAUGCCCAUGGAGCGGCCUCCACCAUAUGCACCUUUUCCAAACUCUCCUGACAAGAAAAACAUCUGAGGCACCAUGACACUCUUCUCUCUUCCUCUUUAUCUAAAAUACAUUCUAAAGCAAGGAGAAAUGUUGAUGGAGACCUACUUGAGAUAGAAGAAAACAGUAAAGAAAAUGCAAGUAAUAGAGGGCUCAAAGAUGUCAGUGAUAAUUCACCAAUGAAUUAAUGAUAUUUUGGAUACUAGAAUAUCUUACGAAGCAAUCACAUCUUUUGAAUACUGUUAUCCUCUUUUACUUCAAUUCAUUUAAAUGAUUGACAACUUGUAACUCAAACAUUUCUGAGACUAGUCAUUAUUAACAUUCUCAGUGAUGGGAUUUAUUUUAUUUCGGUCUAAUUUUUUCUAGCAUGUAGGUAAGGGCACCUAAACUGUCCCUGCUAAGAGCUGAAAGGAGGAGGCAUUAUGGGGAAUGUAUUUUUGUAAGACAGAGAUUUAUUACCAAAACACUUUGUAGGAAAUUAUUGAUUGCAGUUCCUAUAGUUAUUAAUAAUAGCAACCCAUAUUAAAAACAGUGAAGUACCUUUGCAGUAUCAUUGCAAGAAUGGUGCGUUUCCUAUACAGUUUUGCAUUGAGCAUUUGUUCUCCAUAUACAGUACAUUAGCAGAACUGGGUUGAAUAGAGUUUAGUAAUAAAAUGUCGUUUCCUGUACACUCACUGAUUCUCAUAGUAUUCUAGUAAAACAGUAAAAAGAAUAGACGUUUCCUUAAUCUGACCAAGGUGAUCCUGUACUACUGUACAUCAAUUACGUGACAGUCUGCUAAAUAAUUCCAUUCAUUGUAUGACCCAAAUCUCACAGUCUCCAUCAUAUUUUGAUGUAUGUAGUCAAGGUUUUUGUUAUCAAAAGAAUCAGUGCAUUAUUUCAGAAAGUUGAUCGGGAAGGUUUUUUUUUUUUUACAUAACAAGUCUAUGUAUGUGCAAUAUUUCACCUUCACAUAACAAGGUCAUAGGUGACAAGCUGGGGUUACCUGCGUGACCCUGUGCUCGACUCCUAGCUUCUAUUGUAUUCAUGUAUGCAAAGCCAAGCUGAAACCAGAACUCUGCUCUUUGUGUAAUUACACCAGUGUGGGGUUACAGGGCUGCACCAUUAUAUUAAGGGCCCAUCAGUGUUCUGCCUGCUGUUUUGAACUUCUGAAUGCGAACCAUUUAUUCCUGAUUAAACUGGGGCGAGGCGCCAACUGGCCGUGUAAUUGCAUCCCCAUCAAUGUGCAUCAGUUAACUCCUAUUUGAAGGACUAUUUGCACACAGUUGUAGUGGAUAGAGGAUUUUUGGGGUUUGGGUUUUAGUUUGCUUUAAUUAAUCAAAUGUAAGUUAAUAUCUCUUUUGCUAUUCUUAUUCCUUUUGCUGAAUUUUGUCUGUCAGUUAAAAUCUAAUAAAUUUGACAUAUAUUGAAUUUA